UAAAUAAAGUAAUAUUCAAUUAAUCAAUAUAUAUAUAUAUCUAAACAAUAAAUAUAUAAAUGAUAAUCAAUAAUAAAUUGUCAAUAUUUUGUUUAUCUAAGAAGAAGUUUAAUUAAUGAAAUAAAUGAUUUGAAAAAAACAAAAUUUUUUGUUUUAAUUGAUAAUUGAAUAUUAUUUUAAAUAAAGAUUUAUCAUAUAUAUAUAUUAUAUUUAGUUCAAUUAAAAUAAUUAAAAAAUAAAAAAUGAAAAAAAAGAACUAAACCUGCUUGAAUUGAUGAUGAUAAAACAUUUGAUGUUAAAUUUGUUUGAAUAUCUGUUGUUCUAUGAUUUGUUUGAUAAUUUGAAUAAGAAAAUAAAUAUUAUAUUCGUUAGAUCUUUUUUUUUUCGCCAGAUAUUAAGAGAAACUUUUUAUUUUACACUGAUGAAAUAAGUUCACUUAUAUAUAUAUUAUUUAUAUUUAAUGAAAUAUAUAUUAGCAUAAUAGAAUUAUAUUAAAUAUGUAACAAUUCUUAUAUUAUACUAUAGAAUAUAUGAUAAACAAAUAAAAUAUAUUGUUAAUAAUAAGUGAGAAUAUCUCAAGACUAAUUAGGUAGAGCACAAGAAUUAAUGUUGAGAUUAUAGUCCUAUGAUGAUAUUCUGUAGAAGAAUAUCAUAUCAAGAUAAAUAAAAUAGAAAAAUAAAUAGUAAUAUUGAUUAUUGUAUUGAAAGAGUCCUAUGUCUAACAUUACUAUUGUGAUGAGAAGGAAGAUAUGACUAAUUUAGCUACUAGAAUAAUUUCACUUUUAUAGAGUCAGAAAGAGAAGAAUAACUCAAAUCGAUAUACCAGCCGAUUCCGUGUAACGGUUCAAAUUCUGUCUUUUAGGUAUUAAUGUAGUUGAAUAAUGGGACAAUUACAUGAUAAUAGAAGGUAUUUAUUGAAUUUUAAUGUAUUAUUUUCUAACAUAAUGCAUUAAAAUUCCUAGAAUAGAUUCGAUUCCAGAUAGGGGAAUCAAAUCGAAUCAGUGAAUAAUUUUGAUUCAACUCUACUGAAUUGAAUUGAAUCUAAAUGAAUAUUUUCUUAUUGUUUUCGGUCUCUGUUGUAUUAUCAUGUAAUUGUAUGCAUUAUUUUUAUAGGAUUAAUAUAGAUAAUAUUUUAAACUAGACAGAUAUAAAAUGUAUCUUUGAAGUUUUUUCCUAAAAAAUUUUCGAAAUAUAACCAAGAGUCGAAUUUUAGGGUAAUAAUUAUUUUUGUAUCACUCUUAUCCUAUCCUAUUAUAAGAAGUUUCUACUUUAACUGUAUACUUUAGAAUUCUGUUCUAAUAAUAUUUUUUUAUUAAAUAUUAAAUAAGAGAAACAAUUUAAUGAUAUAUUUUCAUUUGAGAAAUCUUUUUAAAUAAAUAAAAUCUUAGUUUGAUUAAUUGAAAUAGAUUUUCUUUUUUUUGUUUAAUAAAUAAAUAUAUUUAUUUUUCAAUUAUAUAUUUAAAACAUUUUUUUAUUUUUUGUUUUUCAAUUUCAAUUGAUUUGAUUUAUUAAUCGUUAUUUAUUUAUUUGAGAAUUUUAUUUUGUUUUCAAUAAUAUUAUUAAAUAAAAUAUUUAAAUUCAUUUAUUAUAUAAAUCUCGAUAAUUAAAUCAUUAUUUUAUCUUUAAAUAAUUUUAAAUUAAAUUAAAAGAAUUAAAAAAAAGAAUUUUUGUUAAUAAUUAAAUAAAUUUCAGGUGCAAAUAAUACAGUACGAACAACUCGAACUCGAACUGAAGAUGGAAAAUUUUUAACAACUAUUUCAACAAUAUCAAAAAUAAACAAUUCAAAUGAUAUUCAAGAUAAUAUUCUUAUUAAUAGAAAUGAAAAAAAUCUUUUUUUUGGUCAUCAAACAAAUCAUUCUAUUAAACGAACACUUUCAGAUGAUUCAAAUUCAAAUUGUUUAACUAGUUUAACAAAAAAAGUUUUACAAAUUGAAAAAGAUCGACAAAAUAUUGAAGAAUAUUAA